CCCCGCAGGAGCCCGAAGCCGUCAUGGGGACGCCGAGCAGCCCCGAGCUGGGGACCCCGUCGCCGCCCGUCCCGGAGUGCGACGCGGAGGUCCAGCCCCAAGAGCCCGCCCGGCCCCAGGGGCACCCCGAGGACUCCCGCGAGCAGGGGGCGCCCGAGGACCCGGCGGAGCUUCCGAGCCACCCGGGCGCGGAGCAGCAGGCGGACGACGAGGAGGACGUGGGAGAAGGGAGCAGUACCGAGAGCAGCCGCGACGCGGUGAGGGCCCGGAGCGCGACAGCCGCGGGACGCCCAGACGGACUCAGACCCGAACGGGUGACGGGCACGGAGCCCGAGGCCACGCCUCUGGUACAGGUCCUCCCAGCAUCUCUCGCGUCCACCCCUUUUGGGGAUGGGGUGCGAGGGGCGGCGCGGCGGCUGCGAGGGCAGCAGCUGGAGGCGCUGACUCGCGUGGCCCUGAUGGAGCAGCGAGUGAAAGAGCUGCAGCGCCAGAAGAAGGAGCUGAAGAUCGAGAUGGAGGUGGAGGUGGCCCUGCUGCGGGGCGAGCUGGCCGGGGAGCGAGUGGCCGCUCGGCGGGAGGAGGAGCAGCUCCGGGAGUUGCUGGGGCAGCAGGUGGCCGCGGAGCAGCGGGAGCAGGAACAGAGGCGGCUGAGCCAGGAGCGGGAUCGCGUGGAGGGUCUGCGCCGGAGACUGCAGGAGGCCCAGGGGCAGCUCGACUCACAGCCGGAGGACCAGCGCGAGAAGCUUCUGCAGAGGGUGCAGGAGAUGAGGGAGCAGCUGGACGUGGCCCAGCGUGCCUAUGAGGACCUGGAGUUCCAGCAACUGGAGCAGGAGAGCCGGCAGGAGGAGGAGGACCGGGACAGCCCUGGGGCCCGGGCACCAGACCCCAAGGUCCAGGAACUUCAGGCCAGCGUGGCACAGCACAGGCGCCGUAUCCAAGUCCUAGAGGAGCAGCUCAAGUCGCUGGGGGAGCAGAAGGCGGCCGAGAGCUGGGGGCUGAACCAGAAGAAGGAGGAGGCUCUUCAGGCCCUGACGCAGGAACGGAGCCGGCUGCUCGAGCUCAACCGCCUGCAGGGGACACCGGGUGGGGACUUUUCUGAGCCCAACCAGGCCCUCACGAAGCUGCUGUUCACACAGAAAACAGACCGCCAGCUGCUGGUGCUCCAGGACCCCACUGCCCGCGCCGCUGCCACCGCCACCUCCUCCUGCCUCUUCUCCGUCCACAGCUCCCUGCAGGGCUCCAUUGGCCUCCAGAGGACCGGGAGCCUUCCCCGGAAAAGGGGAGAGAGGGCGAGCCAGAGAGGAUCCUCUCGACCUCUGUCCCUCCACUGUAAGGGACCCCUGGAGGCCUCAGCUCUCCCGCCACCAGUGGGGGACUCCAGCAGACACCCCCUCUACCAGCUGCUGAACUAUGGCCCCGGGAAUAGCUAUGGGGCCCUCCACCCGGACAUCGCUCACAUGGAGAGGCUCCUGAAGCAGGCCGUGGCCGAGAGGGAGCGGCUGCUCAAGGCCAGGGAAGGCAGGAGAAGGGACACAGAAGCUUCCUCAGGCUCCGUUCCUGCCAUCACGGCGCCGCCCGCACCCCCACCCCACCCUCCAGGCCCGCGUGUCUUGGAUCUCCGGCAGCACCUGGAACGCUGGGGCCACAGCCCGGAAAGCUGCCCGCAAGUGCGGGUGUCGGGGUGCUGCUGCCGCGGACCCCUGGUGAAGAUGGGCGGCCGCAUCAAGACCUGGAGGAAGCGAUGGUUCUGCUUUGACCGCCAAGCCCGCCGCCUGGCCUACUACGCGGACAAGGACGAGACCAAGCUCAAAGGUGUCAUCUACUUCCAGGCCAUUGAGGAAGUCUACUACGACCACUUGCGCUGUGCCUUCAAGAGCCCCAACCCCCGCCUGACGUUCUGCGUCAAAACCUACGAACGCCUGUUCUACAUGGUGGCCCCGAGCCCGGAAGCCAUGCGCAUCUGGAUGGACGUCAUCGUGACCGCAGCGGAUGAAAACCACGCCCCCUGAGCGCCCCGCCCGCUUGGGGGCGGUCCCUGCGAGGCUCCGCCCUCGCACGCUGGCGGCGGCGCUCCGAGGCCCCGCCCACUUCCGGAAAACCCGGGCCCGCCCCUUUGGAACUCUCCCGGGAAUUCUGCUGUCGCUGCGGCUCUGCUGGCCCGAGCCCUGGCGUUCUAGGUGGCAGGAGUCUUUCCGCGACGGGAUCGCCGGCCCCUGAGGCCCUGCCCGGGGCGGGAGGAAGAUUGCAGGGGCGGGAAGGAACUAUUUAUUGGUGCUCCUGUGAUACCGAAUUAAAUACGGAGGAAGGAAAACAGG